GCGGCAUUUCUCUGGCUGGCUACAGACGGCUCGUCUCUGACUCCCUCCCUCCCCUGUUCCCGCAAGACGGGGAAGGGCCGCCCGCCCCCCAGGUCCGCCCCUCUCCAAUGCUGCUCAAAUGCCGGCCCCGGCAGCGGGGCAGGGCUGGGGCCCCCUCGGCUAGCGGGUAGAGCGCCCGGCUCGCCGCGCAGCUCCCGGGCCAUGGAGCACGUGGGGCCGGGCCAGGAGGGGAACGCCGCGGAGCCCCUGCGCUGACCAGAGAAAUGGGCCCAUGUCUGCAGUAUCCUCCUUUGGCUGGCAGAUUUGAGGAGGCAAUGGAUGCACAAGUGCCAUUCUUCCCCAGGCCGGUUUCCAAACCACUCCCCUGUGCUCUGCGGCUUCUUGUGGAGUGAACUGCCUGUGCUGAUUCACAUCUGCAGUGGAAAUGUUCCAGCCCCCGGACCUCUGAAUGGGAAGUUCUUCAAUAUUUCUGUUUAUCCUCAUUCAGUGUGUGUGAUCCCAUGUAUUAUUUAACGCACACUAACCAAACCCUGCCCUGAAUAUAUUAUUAAUUUCCUCCCAGGCAUUUCUAUGGUGAUCUCAUUAUGGUGUCUGAGUGCACCACAAGCUUUAAUAAACUUAUCUUCAUAAGACCCUGUGCGAUUAGGUGAGGUUCUUCACCACAGAGAAGGAGAAUAAAACAGAAGAGGACAUUUUUGUCAUCUUUUUUGCAGUUGAAAAAUGAGCGAUGCAGCCUAGAAAAGUGUCUUCUUCAGUGAUCAGUUCUGCUUUUCUGAACAAGGUUGAUUUGUUGUGGGACUUGAAGCCUGCUUUUCAGAGGUGGUAGGAAAGAAGAAACAACAAAUAUAAAGUCUCCGUGUGCGAAAGAGAACAGUGAUUCACUAAUACUCUGCACCUGAAGUGAAAUACAAACGAUCAACGGUCUCACAGCUGCCAUUGCAAGCAGGUACAAUUCAAUAUGAAUGAGAGAGUGGAUUUCAAUUCUUCACUCAGUUGGCCUCACAUGCAGAGUUUCAAUGGCACAUACAAGUAUCCAUACCCAGACCACAACAUUUCCUAUGUGGACUUCUACCUUCAUCAGCCACUAGUGGCAGCCAUCUUCAUCGUCUCCUACCUCCUCAUCUUCCUCCUGUGUAUGCUUGGCAAUGGAGUGGUUUGCUUCAUUGUUCUGAGGAGCAAGCACAUGCGCACAGUCACAAACCUCUUCAUCUUGAAUCUGGCUGUCAGUGACUUACUGGUGGGGAUAUUCUGCAUGCCCACCACUCUCCUGGAUAACAUCAUAGCAGGAUGGCCCUUUGGGAGCAUGGUCUGCAAAAUGAGUGGGAUGGUCCAGGGAAUCUCCGUCUCAGCCUCUGUUUUCACUUUGGUUGCAAUUGCAGUUGACAGGUUCCGAUGCAUUGUUUACCCAUUUAAGCAGAAGCUCACCAUAUCAACUGCGGUUGUCAUUCUAGCAGUCAUCUGGGUUCUGGCGAUCGCCAUCAUGUGUCCGUCUGCAGUCAUGUUGCAGGUACAAGAGGAAAAGUAUUUCAGGGUGAUCCUUGGCUAUAGCAAUCAAACCAGCCCUAUAUACUGGUGCCGGGAGGACUGGCCCAAUCAGGAAAUGAGAAAGAUCUAUACAACGGUGCUGUUUACCAACAUCUACCUGGCCCCCCUUUCACUCAUCGUCAUUAUGUAUGCUAGGAUAGGGAUCGCGCUCUUCAACAAAGCAGCACCUGUAGGGGGAAAACAGAGCCAGGAGCAGCGCCACUCCGUGUCCAAGAAGAAGCAGAAGGUGAUCAAAAUGCUCAUCAUUGUGGCUUCACUUUUCAUCCUGUCCUGGCUCCCCUUGUGGACUUUGAUGAUGCUCUCAGACUAUGCCAAUCUGACGGAGGUCCAGCUGCAGAUCAUCAACAUUUACAUCUACCCCUUCGCUCACUGGCUGGCCUUUUUCAACAGCAGCAUCAACCCGAUCAUCUAUGGCUUCUUCAACGAGAACUUUCGCCGAGGCUUCCAGGCAGCCUUUAAGCUUCAGCUCUGCUCCGGGGAAAUGAUGCGCAGGGAGUUCUACUCCCAGAGGGGCCAAAGCAAUGCCAUAUUACCGGCAACCACCCACCAGCUGCUGGAGGACCAACCUUCUCAAAAUGCCAAGGAUGAGGAGAAACCAAUUCAGAGAGGGAACUGGAUGAACAACCAGCAGGACUUGAUGAUGGAAGACCUAGAAAAGGCAACCAACAACAAUGGAGUAAAAUGAAAUUUGCUAUGAACUGGUUUAUUCCUUGGCAGAGUCAGAUGUGGUGUGAGGUUCACACGAUUUAAGCCCUGGCUGGCAAAAACAAAACAAAACACAUCUUAAGAUGUUACUAUUGUAAAGUAUGUAUAACUUGUAGAAUAGCUGGUUGCUUGGACUAGAUAUGAGGCCUAAUUCUGCCCCCCUUUAUACCAGUGUAAAUCAGGAACAACUCCAUUGAAGUCAGUGGCAUUACACAGACAUAAACAUGGUAUAAGUGAGAGCAGAAUGAAGACCACUGAUUUAAAUGGAGAUGCUCCUGAUUUACAUUUGGUGUACUGGGGAGCAGAAUCAGGCCUGUAUUGGUUUAGUUUUACACUAUUCUCAGAAUAGGUGAAACAGGGUUGUAUAAAGUUUUGUUAGAGAAAUGUUACAGCAUGUAAUGCUAUUGCUAUUAAUCCAUACAACAGUUUUGUCAGAGUAGAAUCUGAAGAGGUUAUUGAUUUAUUUAAUAUCCACUUAGAUGUUGGGGUUUGGACUGGGUGCGAAUCAUGGAAUGAUUCUGCUGGAACAUUUUCAUUAUUUUUUCAUUAGCCAAUUUUGGACACAAUCAAAAUUUUAUUUUGCAGAUUAGGAUGGUGGUUUAUGAGACUAAUGAAAAAUCCUCCACUUUUAAUUGAACAGUGUCCAUUUUACAAAGUCAGGAUAAUCCAACAAACCCUCAUUUUUACAAGUUAGCUGUUAAAUUCACUUCAUUUAUUAAUAGCCCCUCCCAGUAUCACUGUUUUAUAUUUAUUGCUCAAGCAUAAUAGUGGGUUCCUGAAAUCAUUCAUUCUGCUAUGUUACCAUUAUCAUUAACUCAAAUGUUAGAGAUUUGCUUAAUAGACCAGCAUUAAUGUUUUAAUACCUCUGAAUAUAGAAUAUUGUGCCACCCAGCUUCCAGGCAAAUGUAUAAUUUGUAUUCACAGUGCUUCUGGCCUGGAGAUAUUGUAUGCUGACUGUUUUUUUUAAUAUAUCUGGCUGUUUGAACUGGUGUGAGGUGUGCAGCUUCUAUGGCUUCUUAUUCGUUCCCCUUUCUUGCUGAUUCUUUAGUUAAUUUUGUGAUUGAACUGUCAUUCAGUUUAUCUGUCUCUCAGUUUGAGAAAUAAAAAGGAUUAAGGAUGUGAGAAAUAAAA